AUAACACUGAUGUGUAUGUGGGUCCAAAUGCAUGUCAUAGACCAGUCUGUGUAAAAGAAUGGAAUGUUAUUAUCAUAGCAGAUCUAACAACUGAUGCAGACAUUAGUGAAUACCCCAUUGAAUCAUUUAUAAUGCAAUUGGGUAUUGCACCAACUAAAGUCCAACUUGGUAUUGUGGCAAUAACCGAUGUUGUUCAAAAUGUAAUAACAAUCUCAAGAGAGUUCAAAAUCCUUGAGAUUAUUGAGGCUUUUAGAAAUGUCUCUCAAAGUUUUAGAGGUAAUGGAAACAAAAGAAAGAGAAAUAUAAAAAGAGCCUUUAAGUUAGCAAAGGAUCAAAUAGAUAACAAUGUGAGAAAAAGAGAAGGUGUUCAGACAUCUUUUAUAUUUAUGUCUGCUACUUGCAUUGAUGAGGAAGCUCAGGAUGCAUUAGAUUUUUUGCCAAAUACAAUUACAAUUACAAAAGUUCACACAAGACGUAUCUGGGUUGGAACUAAAUAUCAACCAUAUACUUACAAUAAAAAGGUGGAGUGUUAUCAUAAUGAGCUAAAAGACAGGCUCAAACCCGAUGCCUGGAGCCAAUCUGUUUGGCUCAGUGAGCUGAUUUGUGGUGAUGCUUUAAGAGAUUUAAAAAACUAGAUAUACUCAUAUAUCACCAUAAUAAAAGAGCAAAGAGAAUCGAUUAACUCAUUAAAACGUGUAAUAGACUCCUAAAAUAAUAGCAGUAAAUAUAACUAAACUCUCUAUAUAUAUAAGCACUUGUGCCAAAGGGAAAGGACUAAAAGUUGUAAUGGAACUUAGCAAGAAAAAGCAAACUUUAAGUACAUACCAGUCAAGAAAAACAAACCCCAUAUAGCCCAAAACCAUAAUCUAACGUGAAAAGAAACAAUGUCUAAUACCCUCUUUCCCCCCACCAUUCAAGAACCAAUAUCACAAUCCAAGACCAGAAGACCAAGGGACAUUCCAUUCAUACUGAAGUCAUUACAAUACAUGUUGAAGAAAAAAUUAGAAAUUGAUAGGCAAUACUCAUAACCUCAAAUAUAGUUGUAGAUACAACAAGUACUCAUACAAGAUAGAGCAUUCAGUCUCAAAUGAUGUGUGAUAGAUAAAAUCCAGUCUCCAAGUCCAUAAGCGUUUCAAAGGGUCAACAUCCAUUCACAAAAGCUGUCGCCAUAAUCCAUAAAACACAAUAAUUCACAAUGGUCAUCAGGAGAAAACUAUGGUUGGUUUCGAUCCCUAUUUCUCAACCAUUAAUGCCAUAGCGGGGAUCCACCUCAAAAGGUGCCAAGUGAAAAUAUUGUGAGUUCAGCGCCAAUGUCUUAAACAAUUCCUACAUCAUUCAGCAUCUCAAGUGGUAAAACUUGAAACUUUGAAAUAAAUGAUUUGUAUUUUUCAGCAAAGCCCAGAAAGUAUUUCUUAAGCUUUAUACAAGUAUAACCUUGACCUAACAGUUUG